AUGUUAAAAGAUAGGUCAUGCCAGGAGAAAAUAUUACACCAGGAACUGCAGGAGCGACGCGCAAGACGAAAACUUUGUAACCAAUUCAGCCCAUGCCACAGUGAAUCUCGCUUACAGAAAAACAUUUUCAAUGAUGCCAGAACACCAUUAAGUGCUAGCACCGACGAUUUCUUAGGCUUUUGCGAUAUCAAUAAAUCCGACGUCACUAUUGUAAACUCGGACAAGACAUACAGCCUUCCUUUUGAUAAACCUAUGUAUGAUGAUGAAAAUUAUAACGAUAACAAAGCUAUCAUAACCAAUAGUGAAGGAGGCGAUAGAAAUAUUGCAAAAAAAGAGACGGAAGACAACACUUCGGAACUUAAAGCGGAAUUAGAGUUGGUCAAAAAGAAUAUCGCUGAAAAUAUUAAUUUACAAGUGAAAACCAUGGAAGAAAACAUACAUUGCUUGGAUAAAUUAGCAAAACAGUCAAUUGAGGACAAAACCAAAGAAGAUUGCAGUGAUGAAAUGGAUAAACAAUGCAAAGCAUGUAAAAAGACGAAGGAAUAUGAUAACAAUUUACACGCGAUGUGGUCUAAAUUGGUUUCUUUUGCAUAUCAAGUAAUACAGUUGAACAAUGGUUAUUUGUUUGUUACUUUAACUUUCUAUAUAUUUUAUAAAGUAGGUGAUAUUUUGCAGCCCUACGUUUCGCCAAUAAAGUAUGCAACUGAUGAAUCGGAUGUUAGCAGUCACACGAGAACCGUAUAUAUUCGAUCAAAAAACCCUAUAGCAUCUCAAAAAUUUGUCAAAAAUAAGAUACGGCGAAAACGGGAAACCAAAUCGAAAAGCAAUCAGCAACAGAAAAUAAACUAUUAUAAAAGAAAAUCACAACGUAUUUUAGAAAAUCGAUUGUAUACGAAUGAACAUAGAAUUUUGUUUGAGCCAUGGCACAGUGUUACUAGCUUCGCUACGUUAAAAAAUACCGAUAGUACUGCAUCAUCUAACGCAUGGCUGCUGCAUGAACAUUCGCGUUCUCGGAAUAACUGUAAUUGUUGCCGUCUGCAUGAAAUUGUCAAUCCAAUGAUUAAAUUGUCUCGGUAUAUUGAGAGUGUGCUGAAGGAUCUUGAAGAUUAA